AUGUUUUUUUGUAGUGACAAUGGUACGAGAAAUGAAGUGGAUAAAAAAACUGACGGUAGUUAUUUCGAAUCGAAGAUUGAAACAGAUAACAAUCAACAGACAGAAACCAAGAAUAAUAGUAAAUAUAUAACAAUAUGGCGGUUCUUCCAAUGUAAUUUAUGUCAAAAAAUAUAUAACACAAAAAAACAAAUAACUCUACAUAUAUUAAAAUCCCACCAAAGUUCAACGGACAACAUUAGUCAACCCUAUAAAUGUGACGUCACACUUCACCAACGCGUGCACACAGGAGAAAAGCCUUAUAAAUGCACUGUGUGCUCAAGGUCAUUUUCUCUCAAAUCCACCCUCACAAAACACGAACGCGUGCACACCGGAGAAAAGCCUUAUAAAUGCACUGUGUGCUCAAGGUCAUUUUCUCUCAAAUCCACCCUCACAAAACACGAACGCGUGCACACCGGAGAAAAGCCUUAUAAAUGCACUGUGUGCUCAAGGUCAUUUUCUCUCAAAUCCACCCUCAAAUUUCACGAACGCGUGCACACCGGGGAAAAGCCCUACACAUGUGAAGUGUGUUUACAAUCAUUUUCUCAAAAUAGUAACCUCACACAACACCAACGCUCGCACACCGGAGAAAAGCCUUAUAAAUGCACUGUGUGCUCAAGGUCAUUUUCUCUCAAAUCCACCCUCACAAGACACGAACGCGUGCAUACCGGGGAAAAGCCCUACACAUGUGAAGUGUGUUUACAAUCAUUUUCUCAAAAUGUUAACCUCACACAACACCGACGCGUGCACACCGGUGUAAAGCCUUUCGUAUGUAAUAUAUGCUCAAAUACUUUUUCUACAAAAUAUUCCCUUAUAAAUCACCAACGCGUCGUGCACACCGGAGAAAAGCCUUAUAAAUGCACUGUAUGCUUAAAGUCAUAUUAUCUCAAAUCCACCCUCACAAAACACAAAUGCCGUGCACUUCAGUAUAAUGUCAUUCAAUGA